CGGCGCACACCUAACCCACCGGCCCCGGCGCUCUGGCUCCCGGAAGCGGAAGGGGAGCGCAGCCCGGCUUGGGCGGUGGCGGCGGGACUAGAGGAGGAGGAGGCGGAGGGGGAAGAAGCGGAGGUGGAGGGGGAAGAGCCGCCGGCGGCCGCGAGAACAGCGGCGGGGAGAGGCGAGCCCCCGUCGCCGAUUCACACGGAGAACUGCUCUUGAGGAGAGAUCCAUUUGUUGGGAUGUAAUUUAAAAAAAGAAUGAAUCAAGAUAAAACCUCUAAAUGCAAGUACCAGAAAAAUUACAACACAUCUCAGUGAAUUUGCAGGUGGUUCAUCUUUCCUUGUGGGUUGGCAGGCAGUCAUAGGACUGCAAAAUGGGUCUCCGGAUUCACUUUGUUGUUGACCCACAUGGUUGGUGCUGCAUGGGUUUGAUUGUCUUUGUCUGGUUAUACAACUUUGUUUUAAUUCCCAAAAUUGUCCUCUUUCCUCACUAUGAAGAAGGACAUAUUCCAGGCAUAUUAAUAAUAAUAUUCUAUGGCAUUGCCAUAUUUUGUCUGGUUGCCUUAGUGAGGGCCUCAAUAACUGAUCCAGGAAGACUCCCUGAGAACCCAAAGAUCCCACAUGGAGAAAGGGAGUUCUGGGAAUUGUGUAACAAGUGUAAUUUGAUGAGACCAAAGCGUUCCCAUCACUGCAGCCGCUGUGGCCACUGUGUUAGAAGAAUGGAUCAUCACUGUCCGUGGAUUAACAAUUGUGUUGGUGAAGAUAAUCAUUGGCUUUUUCUGCAGUUGUGUUUCUACACUGAACUUCUUACUUGCUAUGCACUGAUGUUUUCUUUCUGCCACUAUUAUUACUUUCUUCCACUAAAAAAGCAUAACUUGGACCUCUUUGUUGUUAGGCAUGAAUUGGCCAUAAUGAGACUAGCUGCCUUUAUGGGCAUUACAAUGUUAGUUGGAAUAACUGGACUCUUUUAUACUCAACUAAUUGGCAUCAUCACAGAUACAACAUCUAUUGAAAAGAUGUCAAACUGUUGUGAAGAAAUAUCGAGGCCCCGAAAGCCAUGGCAGCAGACCUUCUCAGAAGUUUUUGGCACUCGUUGGAAGAUCCUGUGGUUUAUUCCUUUCAGGCAGAGGCAACCACUGCGAGUUCCCUACCACUUUGCCAAUCACGUCUAAACAGAUGGAUGGUGGGCACAGAUGGGUCCUCCAUGCUGGAAAUGCGUUACAGGUUUUCUGAUAAUAGAACUAUGACAGUCUUCAAGUCAAUUAAAAUCCACCCACCAAUCUUAAGCAUCAUAAUGUGCCCCAGGCUUUAUUUUAAUAGUGAUCUUGAUCCUGUUGUGGGACUAAUACAUGAUCUAUAUUUAAGUUUCAAAGCAUGUUUACUUUCAAAUUAGCUUUCCACAGGGAUUUCUUUAAAUGCUUUUGUUAUUAAACUCAAAAGGCAGUGAUUGGGAUGAAAUAAUUGUACAUAAUUUCUUUUAGUACUGACAGUGUUACAGAUUUUACUUUAUGGGAAACUUCAGAUGUUUAUUUAAAUUUUUCACCCUUAAGCAGUACU